AUGAAGCCCGCUGUCGCCGCUGCAUUGGCUGCCUUUGUGCUCGCAGAGGUCGUCUCCGCCGACGCUCCUCGUCCGCAGUUCACCCCCACCUCGAUCCAGGCUCCCUUUAUCGAGCAAUUCACUCCCGACUGGUCCGAACGAUGGUCCACUUCCCAGGCCUCUAAAUUCCAGAAGGAGGACGACACCGAAGCGUUCAAGUACGAUGGUGUCUGGUCCGUAGAGGAGCCCGAGGUGUUCCCCGGUCUUGCCGGUGAUGCCGGUCUCGUGCUCAAGUCCAAGGCCAAGCAGCAUGCUAUCUCGCAUCUCUUCGACAACCCUAUCGACCCCAAGGGCAAGCCCCUCGUCGUCCAGUACGAGGUCAAGUUGCAAAAGGGUCUCGGCUGCGGUGGCGCCUACAUCAAGCUUCUCUCCGCUACUGAGGCUGGCGUCACUCCCGAGGAGUUCUCGGACAAGACGCCAUACACCAUUAUGUUCGGCCCCGACAAGUGCGGUCAGACCAACAAGGUGCACUUCAUCUUCCGUCACAAGAACCCCAAGACCGGCGAAUUUGAGGAGAAGCAUGUUAAGUACCCCGCCUACCCCAAGCUCGCCAAGACUUCGACGCUCUACACGCUCGUCGUCAACCCGGACCAGACCUUCGAGAUUUUCAUCAACAACGAGUCCAAGAAGAAGGGUUCGCUGCUCGAAGACUUUGAGCCCGCCGUCAACCCGGAGGCCGAGAUCGACGACCCGGAGGACAAGAAGCCCGCCGACUGGGUCGAGCAGGCCAAGAUCCCCGACCCCAAGGCGACCAAACCUGCCGACUGGGACGAGGACGCACCGCUCGAGAUCCCCGAUGAGGAUGCCGUCAAGCCCGAGGGCUGGCUCGAGGACGAGCCGCUCACCAUCCCGGACCCGGACGCACAGAAGCCCGAGGAAUGGGACGACGAGGAGGACGGCGAGUGGUUUGCGCCCAGCAUCCCCAACCCCAAGUGCGAGGCUGCUGCUGGCUGUGGCGAGUGGGUCCGCCCCGUGAUCCGCAACCCGGCCUACAAGGGUAAGUGGUCGGCGCCGCUCAUCGACAACCCGGACUACAAGGGUGUCUGGGCACCACGCAAGAUUCCCAACCCCAACUUCUUCGAGGACAAAUCGCCGGCCGAUUUCAACCCCAUCGGCGGUGUCGGUUUCGAGCUGUGGACCAUGGAUGAGGACAUCCUCUUCGACAACAUCUACAUCGGCCACGACCCUGCCCAGGCCAAGGCCUUCUCGGCAGAGACGUUCGAGCAGAAGAUCAAGAUCGAGCAGGGCCAGGAGGACGCGGAGAAAGAGACCGCGGCUAAAGCCGCCGAAGACGCCGCCACCAGUGCCGCUGGGUUUGUCGGCCAGGUCCAGUCGCACGUCAACACGUUCAUCGCACGCGCACGCCAGGACCCCAUCGAGGCGAUCAAGGAGAUGCCCCAGGUAGCCGGUGGUCUCGGCGCCGCUUUUGCUGGUCUUUUGGGUCUCGUAGGUCUUGUCGGCGGCGUGCUGGGCGGCGGCAGCAAGGUCAAGGUCACCACCAAGGACGGAAAGAAGGUCGACGCUCCCACUGCCGUCAAGGGCAAGGCCAAGGAGGUGGCGGACAAGGCGACGGCCACGGGUGUCCAGGCCAAAGACGCCGUCAAGAAGCGUGCUAACGCUGUGGCUGCCAAGGUCGAUGACGCUGCCGACGACGAGUAG